AUGAGAUUUUUCACCGGAUUUUUGCCUAUAUUUUUGCUUCUCACUGUAGCACAUUUAACCGAAGGUUAGUUUCAGAAUCGAAAUUUCAAAAUCCAAGUUAUGACAUUCAGGUCUGACUAGACGAAAAGCUCGAAUAGUUUUGGAAAACCGCACUGGCAGUUAUUUCAAAUUUCAAGUUCUUCAUCAAUACACUGGAAAAGGGACCGAUGAUUCUGGAUGGAUUGAAUUUGCUCCUGGAGAUUCGAAAGAAGUUUUUGCUGGUGUUUCAUAUAACACUGGAUUUAUGACCACUGGUGUUGACAACUGGAUUAUUCAUGGAAAACAACUUCACAAAGUGUCAGGCAAGUUUUGAUGCUGAUUCUGUUUCUACAUAGAAUGAAAAAAGUUUCAGGAUCCGUCGACGGAGGUUUGAUCAAAUUUGAUGGACAUGUAUUUAUUGAAGGCCUUCCAUAUAGAAGUUAUCAUGGUUUCGGUGCUGAAUGGAAGAAACAUAUGCUAAAUUCAAAAGAUGAUGGGAAAACUACUGUUAUUAAAGUUUAUCAAUCUACCAUUGAGUUUAUAUCUCCCAGCGGCAAAUCAUCUACUCGAUUUGAUACAGUCGCUGAUUCAGCUGGAAGAAUUAUGUGA